AACAAAGCUAUGCCCGUGAAAGGGGAAAACAAAUAAUGUCUGAAAUUUUCUGAUUUUUUUCCUCUCUUCUGUGUUCAUCUCUCCCCAGAUCGGCUUUGCGUGCUGCUUGUUCUUCACGAUUCUGUGUUCGAGCUUAAAUGUUGAAGUUCUUCAUGGAUUUUUGAACUGGUUUUCGAGUUUUGAGUUCUCGCGGAGUUUUUUGGGGUUUAGAUUUUGUUUCCCAACUGGGGUUUUGGUGAUUCUGUGGUUUUUGGGUUUGUUUGUGAGUUUUACCAUUUGGAUCUGAUGUUGAUGAUCACUUAAUCAAGAUGGAGCACUACAAAGUUUUGGCUCUGGGUUUUGUCUCUUUGAUCUUGCUGCUUCCUUCACUAUGGCUUGUUUCUGCUAACAUGGAAGGUGAUGCUUUGCAUAGCCUAAGAACCAGCUUGCAGGAUCCUAACAAUGUCUUGCAGAGUUGGGAUCCCACACUUGUCAAUCCCUGUACAUGGUUUCAUGUUACUUGCAACAAUGAUAAUAGUGUCGUACGAGUUGAUCUUGGACACGCAGCUUUAUCGGGCACACUUGUUCCACAGCUUGGCUUGCUAAAAAAUUUGCAGUAUCUAGAGCUCUACAGUAACAACAUAAGUGGAGUAAUCCCAAGUGAUCUGGGAAAUCUGACUAGUUUGGUGAGCUUAGAUCUUUAUUUGAACAGAUUUUCGGGUCCAAUUCCCGACACGUUAGGCAAGCUGUCAAAACUACGAUUCCUCCGGCUGAACAACAACAGCUUAUCAGGUCCUAUUCCUAUGUCAUUGACGAAUAUCUCAUCCCUUCAAGUGUUGGAUCUAUCGAAUAACCAUCUCUCGGGCGUGGUUCCAGAUAACGGUUCCUUCUCCUUGUUCACCCCCAUCAGUUUUGCCAACAACUUGGAUCUUUGUGGCCCUGUUAUCGGACGUCCUUGCCCUGGAUCGCCUCCGUUUUCUCCUCCUCCACCCUUUGCCCCGCCAUGUUAAGAAUGAGAAAUAGAAAUAGAAAUAGAAUUGGGAAGGCAUGUAUUCUCA